UCUUCACUCCGCUCACAUUAGCAGGAAGUUGACACACACACAGAGGAAAGCAACCUGUGUGAGCUCGCCCAAGAUGUUGCCCAUGGAGCAGGUUUUUCUUCUUCUUCUCUUGCUUUUUGUGGUAACGUUAAUAGGCUAAGCAUUGACGGGACGCCAUCAGGAUGUCUCGGCGGGAUCUGAGGUUUCGACGUGGGAUGAGAGGACGGUGCGGGGAAUGCAGCUGCAACCUGUCUCACUGGUACUUCGAGCGGGACGGGCAACUGUACUGCAAGAAGCACUACUGGCAGCGUUACGGCGAGAACUGUCACGGCUGCGCUGAGGCACUCCAACCGGGACUUGUCAUGGUUGCUGGAGAUCAGAAGUACCACCCCGAAUGCUUCAAAUGUGUGACGUGUCAGAUAUUGAUUGGAGAUGGAGACAGCUACACCCUUGUGGAGCAUUCCAAACUCUUCUGUGGUCAGUGUUUCGGUCAGGGUGCCGCAUCGUCGCCUUCGUCGGAACCCAUCAAGAGCCCCCACACGGUGGCGCUGGUGUCACUUCCUCCACAGACAGAAGGCCAACGAGGUCUGAAGGUGGCAACUGGACUCAGUCAAAAAAGCGGUCCUUUAGUUACCGUCACAGCGUUAGACUCGGACGCUCUUGGUCCUGACAUGCUGUCUUCGCUCCACAUUGGAGACAAGAUUCUGGAAGUCAACGGCAUUCCUGUCCACAACGUUUGCCCCAACAAGGUAGCGCAUGUGAUCCAGGACACAAGCAGACAACUGCAGCUGACCGUGGAACACAAUCCACGCUCCAAGACCUCCACCGACGAUCACAAAGACUUGAACUGUGUCUGCGAGAAAGUGCCUUCGACGCACGCGCUACCAAACCUGGAGGAGGAGCCCGGCUCAGGGGCGGAGACACCGGACUCAACCAGAAUGUCACCUCACCGUCACGGAACCAUGGGAAUGCGAUCACGAAACAUCCUGCGGAGCUGCAGCAUCGAAAAGUCUUCCUUGUCACUCUUCUCCCAAAGGAAAGACAUGGUGCGCUCCGAAUCUCUACGUAACGACCCCGUCGAUCGAACCUAUCGCAUCUUCAGGCCUUCUGAUCUCAUCCACGGAGAAGUUCUAGGCAGGGGCUUCUUUGGACAGGCCGUCAAGGUGACACAUCAGGAGACAGGAGAAGUGAUGGUGAUGAAAGAAUUGAUACGUUUUGAUGAAGAGACGCACAAGAGUUUCCUGAAGGAGGUCAAGGUGAUGCGCUGUCUGGAUCAUCCCAAUGUCCUCAAGUUCAUUGGACUAUUUUACAAGGACAAGCACAUACACUUUGUGUCCGAAUAUAUUCAGGGAGGAACGCUCAGAGAAACCAUUGCCAAAAUGGACAAUAACUUUCCGUGGAACAUCAGAGUGAGUUAUGCCAAAGACAUUGCCGCUGGAAUGGCUUAUUUACACUCCAUGAACGUCAUCCACCGGGAUUUAAACUCACACAACUGCCUGGUCAAAGAGAAUCAGUCCGUCGUGGUUGCAGAUUUUGGUCUUGCUCGUUUGGUGACUGCAGAGAGGAACCGCAGCAGAACGCCUUCUCUGGAUCAACCUCCCAAGGGAACUUUGUCAGAGCUACGCAAGCCGGACCGCAGGAAGCGCUACACAGUGGUUGGGAACCCUUACUGGAUGGCACCGGAGAUGAUCCACGGGAAAAGCUACGACGAACGUGUGGACAUCUUUUCAUUCGGAAUCAUGAUUUGCGAGAUUAUAGGACGAGUGAGUGCCGACCCAGAUUUCCUUCCUCGGAGUAACGACUUUGGUUUGAACGUGUCUGCGUUCAUUGAGCGGCACCAGCCCUCCCAGUGCCCUUUGGCCUUCCUUCCGCUUGCUGCCAUCUGCUGUGACUUGGAUGCUGAUCAAAGGCCUUCCUUUUCCAAGUUGGAGGAGUGGCUGGAGAAUCUGCUCAUGCACCUGGACAUGCGCCUGCCUCUCCGUUCCGAAAUGGAGCAACUGAGCGGAACCUUCUGGGAGAACCGCAAACACGGUUCAAAACUGGAAGCCUCGUCCACUUCUUCUCAGAGUCCCGUGACAUCUCCCGAUGACGAGAACAAUCAGCAACUUCCUGGAAGCGCAAAUUGCAUACCUCAGAACACUUAUGAGCAUGUGAAUCAAGAACUUGCACAACAAAAUGUGAACGCCAGCACGUCUUCAAACACCCCCGAAAGUCACGGAUAUGGACAAGACCCCUCGGGAGAAACACAAAACCAAACAGAAUGUUCACAAGCUGCCAGUCUACCAUCAAGUAGGUCCAGGAGGAUCUGCCGAGUCUUGUGGAACAAUACCAUAAAGGACGACCGAUCUUUGCUGUGACUGCUUCAUCUUGUCAAGGGUGUUGUAUACUUAUUUAUCUUCAAGUAUGACAACAAAGUUUCUUUUCAGAAAAGCAAAAAGAAAAACAACUACGCUAAGUGAAUUAAGAUGAAGCUGUGUCAAAAUGUGAUAUGUAAGCAAACUAAAUUUGCACUCACUGUUACAAGUUUAAGCCACUGUUUAAGUGUUAUUUUUCUAAAAUAAGGCCUAUUUUUCAGAUAUUGCAUGACAUACAAUUGUUGAUGUUUUUUUAGCUUGUUUUAAUUAAUGUUGAACUCAUAAAUUCAGAGUUCUGGAAUGUUCACACAGCAUCAUCAUCUUUGUGCCCUUCAAACUGUGUUUCAGUUUGAAACAUUUUUCGUCUGAUUGUGAUGAAUAAAAAAACUGAUUCAUCAGUUAUCGAAAUAA